AAAAUCAUGCCGGAAAGAGCUGAUGCAAGCUCCGGAAUGGUGCUUCUUACCGGAAACUCGCAUCCUGAGUUGGCGAAAAUGGUGUCAGAGAGACUUGAGAUUCGCCUCGGAGAAGCGACUGUUUACAAUAAAACUAACCGAGAAACCUCCGUUGACAUCAAACAAUCGGUUCGUGGAAAACACGUCUUCAUUCUCCAGAGCGGGUCAAAGAACGUGAACAACGAUGUGAUGGAGCUGCUUGUUCUCAUCUAUGCUUGCAAGACAUCGAUGUCAAAGACAAUCACAGUCAUCAUGCCAUAUCUCCCAUACAGCAAACAAUGCCGAAUGCUCCGUCGUUCGUCAAUCGCAAUGAAACUUGUUGCCGAGAUGAUUUGCAAAGCAGGUGCCAGUCGUUUAGUCUCAUUGGAUUUGUACAAGAAGGAGAUUCAAGGAUUCUUUUCGUGCCCAGUUGACAAUCUUCGUGCUUCACCGUUCUUCCUCCAACACAUCAAGACCAACAUUCCGGAUUACAAGAAUGCCAUCAUCGUUGCCAAGUCGCCGGGAGUCAUGAACAAGGCCACUUCUUACGCGGAUCGCCUUCGCCUUGGUGUGGCUGUUAUUCACGGAGAACAAAAAGACGAGGAAGAAUCAGGUCUUGAAGAUGGACGUCAAUCGCCACCACCAAAUGUCACUUCGUACGAUUUUCUCCCAGCUCAGGAGUCCAAGCAGAAGCCACCACUUACAGUUGUUGGAGACGUUGGUGGACGGAUUGCAAUUAUGGUGGACGACAUCAUUGACGACGCUCAAUCGUUUGUUGCCGCCGCUGAAGUUCUGAAGGCUCGUGGUGCAUACAAGAUUUACGUCAUUGCCACUCAUGGGGUUCUGUCGUCUGAUGCUCCUGCACUUCUUGAAGCUUCUCCAAUCACCGAGGUCAUUGUUACCAACACUGUUCCACACGACCUCCAGAAAAUGCGUUGUCACAAGAUCAAGACUGUGGACGUCUCACUGAUGAUUUGUGAGGCAAUUCGCCGCAUCUUUCACAACGAGUCGAUGGGACAACUGUUCCGUGACGUCACCCUUGACGACUAGUUCUUCCGGUUACUUGUAUUCUUCUCAUUGCUCUCAGUUCACUUUGUCUAUUCCAAAAUUACGCUUCUUGAGUCCGUCUAGUUAGACCACUUUUCCCCCAACAAAUCAUCAAUCACCGUUUUACAAUACAUUUCCUGUGCCAACUUUAUACUUUUCAUUUAUCCGAAAUAUAUGCUUUUUGAUUG